GCAGCUUCAUCCCGUCCCCGCCCUUUCUCUUCCCGGUUUCCCUGUCAGCCUGCGGGUCGGGUCUGGCGGCUGUUUCCGGUAGGAGCGCGGUGCAGGUCGAGACGCUGUCUGCUCCUCGUCAUGUCCUACGGUCCCUUAGACAUGUACCGGAACCCGGGGGCCUCGGGGCCCCCGCUCCGGGACUUCAACAGCAUCAUCCAGACGUGCAGCGGCAACAUCCAGCGGAUCAGCCAAGCCACCGCUCAGAUAAAGAACUUGAUGAGCCAACUAGGAACUAAGCAGGAUUCAAGCAAGCUACAGGAAAAUCUGCAACAGUUACAACACUCUACAAAUCAGCUUGCCAAGGAAACAAAUGAAUUACUGAAGGAACUGGGGUCCUUGCCCCUUCCUUUAUCUACUUCAGAACAGCGCCAGCAGAAACUUCAGAAGGAACGUCUCAUGAAUGACUUCUCUGCAGCCUUAAACAGUUUCCAGGCUGUGCAGAGAAGGGUGUCUGAAAAGGAGAAGGAGAGCAUUGCCCGAGCAAGAGCUGGAUCUCGUCUUUCUGCGGAGGAGAGGCAGAGAGAGGAACAGCUCGUCUCCUUUGACAGCCAUGAGGAGUGGAACCAGAUGCAGAGACAGGAGGAUGAGGUGGCCAUCACCGAACAGGACCUGGAGCUUAUUAAAGAGAGGGAGACAGCAAUUCGGCAGCUGGAGGCUGAUAUUUUGGAUGUCAAUCAGAUAUUUAAAGAUUUGGCCAUGAUGAUCCAUGACCAAGGUGAUAUCAUUGACAGCAUAGAAGCCAAUGUGGAAAGCUCAGAGGUGCAUGUAGAAAGAGCCACUGACCAGCUACAGCGAGCUGCUUACUAUCAGAAAAAAUCUCGCAAGAAGAUCUGUAUCCUGGUGCUUGUCCUGUCAGUGAUUAUUGUAAUCUUGGGAUUUAUUUUGUGGCUAGUUAAUAAAUGAAGUGAUUGCCUCCAGCCUUCUCCCGCUGAGCUGUUUUCAAGGGCAAGUGCUUAUUGGAGUCUUGCCAGAACAAACUGAUCAUACGAAGAGAGAAUACACCAGAAUGUCUUGUAAUAAUUUAGUUAGAAACUAACUACUAACUAGUCCUUGGAAUUAGUGACCUAUGGAGACAGUAUUUAUCAAUUUGUGUAUACAUUUUAUUGAUUUCUCAAAUUAAGAAUUAAUUUAUGUGGAUUUUCUUUUCUCUUGUAUUCUGAUUGCUCAUCAUCCCAAGUGUUUACUUAAAAUUCCAUUCUAGAUAUUCUUGUUUCGGUAGGCUAACACUACAGUCUUGUAAUAUUGUCUUUUUAUGUAUAUACAAGAUUUACCUUUUUACUAGCAACUGAGAUAGAAUUACUUUUGGUCACCCAGCACAUUGGAGUUUGUCAGAAACUGUAUAAUAAGCCAGCAAUUUUUAUUAUUUAACAUUUUAAUUUGAAUUUCUAAGAAGCCUGUUCCCUAUAUGCUUUGAAAAAUUUUGGCAAUGUAUUUAACUAGAGAGUAAAAAAUUGCACAUGUGAUCCAGAUUAAAUGAGAAGUAAUGAUCUGAGCUGGCCAGCUAUUGGGGAAUAUGUGUUAAUCUGGGUUUAAAGUUUAUUACUUGUUAGUGUCAUUGACUGCAGUUCAUCCAUAUAUAUGCUAAACCAUCUUGUCCACUUUUUGAAGAGGUUAAUUGAAUCAACAUUGCGAUGCUCUGUGGCGUUCCUCUCCCACCUGUCUGUAUAGAAUGGGAGAAUUAGACAAAGCGUGCUUUUGGAAAGCAAACAGGAAUUGUUUGGAAUGAUUUAAUCUUCUGUUGUUGUUGCUCAGUUGUGGUUCUACAUUCCUGGUAAAUGAUGACUGUUGCCGUCAAAAGGCUGCCCCCUACCCAAUAAGGUUUGCUGGGCAUUUGGUGGCAGGGAAAUUUUAAAAGCUAGACUGAAGUUGGUUUAAAAUUUAGAAUUUAGUCCUGUGAACUGGCAAGAAAACAAAGAAAAGGUACUUUUUUUGUAAAUAAUAUUGGUUUGGAAUAGUGAUGUUAGAAUUAUCCUAAUUUAUGAACAAGAGGUUAAUCUCUCCAUGCAUAGUUUUAGACCAAAAAAAAUGUUUCAAUAAAAGAUUGCUGUCUUGUAAUAUAAAUGUUGUCCACUCCCCUUUUUCACAGGUCUAGGGAAGUUACAGGGGAAGUAAUUUUUUUAGGUUCUCAAUAAAUGUGAAUUGGGCCAACAAUUUCAGUUCAUCCUUUAGUGAAUUAGAGGAUUUGGCUAGGUAUAUUUAUAUUUACUUCUUCCAUUCCUUUUAAUGUUCCUUAAUCUUCUUUUCCUAAAAUAAUGUGAACAGCAGGGAAACAAGAGCUAAAUACUUAAGUUUCUUUGCACUCUUGCAUCAUUUCACCCUCAUAAUACAAAUAAACAUUUUAAAACCUUCUAUUAUAAGUUUCUAUGCGUUAACAUCCUAAUGCAGUAGAUAUCAGAUGAUGUGCUAUCCAGAGAAAAACUGAGACCUGCAAGAAAACUGGAGAUCAGGUGAGGAUUGGUUUGGGGGUGGAAGAGGCCCUUUCCUUGAAGAACAGAAUAGAGCUGUUGGGGUGUCACAGAGGCCCAGGCAGCAGCUUCAGAGGUAAUUCAUUGGUUCUACAAUCACUGCCCCUUCAGCUCUAAAUUAUACUUGGACCUGAAUACAUCAUUUAUAAUACUCCAGGCAAGGAAAAAAAGGCUUGAUUGUAAAAAACAAAACAAAACACUUUCCAGUUUGGGUUAAAUGAAGCCACCAUAGUUCUGUUCUAUUAUACUAUAUAAUCCCAUGGUGGUGUGGUAAUAGUAAUCAUGGGCCGCAAAUAUGACCUUGGCCUAGAAUUGCAAUGGCCUAGAACUUGUAGUAGUUACCAAGAGGUUCUGCUAAAUGGGCCUAACAAACCUGUUCACAGAAUCAUCCUUAUCUGUGCUUUGCCCACCUUGAGGGCACCAUGGUUUAGGGCAGUGAUAUUCUUAACUAUGUCUUCACAUUAGAAACAAAAAAAUACUGAUAUCUUGGUACCCCUACCACAAGAUUCUAAUUUCGUUAGUGGGGGUUAUAGCUUGGAUAUAGGGACUUUUAAAGCUCCAGAUAAUUCUCAGGUGUAACCAUGGUUGAAAACCACUGGUUUGGAGGUCAAAAACUAGACUCGGGUACAGAAGGCCUGGAGAAUCUUAACUCUCUCAUUUACUCACUAUAGGUAUUUGAACAAGUUACUUAACCCAUAGGCCCCAAGUGUCCUCAGUUGCUCUCUUAUAGCUUUAAAUUCUCUGAUUAUAAGGAUCACAAGGGUUUAGUCUGAACAUACAAAUUCUGUUUGUCUCUUUAUUCCUUUCCUUUGCUCUUUCUCCCUUUCUCCUUUAUGGAAAGUUUCUCUUCAAGUGAAUUAAAACUGUAGUACUGUAGUAUAGGGUAGAGUAGAAGUGUCAUGCGGGCUACUUCCUCUGUGAAUAUUCGAGAACAGGAACUUGUUAGCUGCUAGAUCUGUGCUCCCUGAACAGGUUUUGUUUUGUUAAGGAGUGGAGAUACACUCCCUUGUACCACUAGCAAAAAUGUCAAAAUGAAAUUAUGCUUCAGUCAGUACAAAUUAAAACACCUUGAGCCUUC